AUGUACAAGUGGAGCUCGAUGCAAUGGUACUUGCAAAAGCCGUUGUCAGAUGGCCCCAAUAAGAAACCGGUGCCCAUACAGGUGGCGACGAAGUUGGCGUCCAUCAGGAAACCCACCUUCCUGGCACCGUCGCCGGAGACGUAUGCCCGCGCCGCCGUCCGCUACAUCGGGUACGAGCCGCGGUGCACGCCGUACUGGGGGCACGCACUGGUGUGGCUCCUCAUCUCCCUUGUGCCCGAGCCUAUCGCCGACAGGAUGUUCCUAAACAGGUCCAUCAGCAUCCGCGCCAAGGGCCGCGCCAAAGAAGCUAAGAAGAAGGCGCAGUGA